CGCUGGAAAUUCUAACGAAAAAUUUUUUGUUUGACGAUUAAUGUUUUUCCCAUCGUGUCCACUGCACUGAGCGACGUGAAGAGCGAACGCAGUGGCGAACAGUAAUCGUACCUUGUGAACCGUUCGAUCGCGAGACCUCGCGGUAUCGGCGUAUAUGAGAUUUUAAACGGAAAAUGAAUCGACAUGAAGGAGUAAGUUGUGACUCCUGCUUAAAGGGGCAUUUUCAGGGUCGCAGGUACAAGUGUCUAGUGUGUUUCGACUAUGACUUGUGUGCCAGCUGUUAUGACGGGGGUGCAAGUAGUACGCGUCACCUCGCUGAUCAUCCUAUGCAAUGUAUACUUACUAGAUCUGAUUUUGAAUUAUAUUACGGUGGAGAAGCAGUGAGUAUAGAGCAGCCACAAUCCUUAACUUGUCCUUACUGUACAAGAAUGGGUUUCACCGAGGCUACAUUACAAGAACACGUUGCUGCGGAUCAUCCGGACACUUCUUUUGAUGUUGUUUGUCCGGUAUGUGCAUCCAUCCCCGGAGGAGAUCCUAACAGCGUGACUGAUGAUUUUGCGGGACAUUUGAGUUUGGAGCAUCGUAGUGGACCAAGAGACCUGAUCUCUUUUCUAGAUGAACCAUCUUCAAAUAGAAACAAUGGUAGACGAAUACCGCAUCCAUCUAGAGCUGUUGGAGGGCCACGACCUCGCAGGUCCAAUAUACAUUUCAGUUCGUCCGGGGGAUUGAGUCCAAGUAAUCGAGAUGGUAUAGAUCCGAUUGCAGAAUUACUCUCUCAAUUAUCCGGUGUUCGUAGAAGUGGUGGAGGGACUGGUCAGAGUUCAUCGACACCGUCGCAAUUACAACAAUUGCAGAUGCAGCUACAGAUAGAGCGACAACAAUUUAGAGUUGCUAGACAACAAUUGGAGCGGUUACCUAGGAGGCAGACUCAGGUUAUUGGUUCUGUAAGCGGCGGAGGAGGUACUAGCGGAGGUCAUUCUACUACUAUGACCAGCGUGGUAGCAAAUAGUACGAGUAGUAAUAAUAAUGCGACCAAUGUGGCCAACCCGUCCGGCGUAUUGUCUACCAAUUCACAGAACUAUAUGUUCUUGUUGCCAAGAUGCAUUACAAGUACUCUGUCCGACUCGCAGUUGCAGAACAUCGAACGCGAAAGUGCGAACAGGAGUCUCUUUACGCGCGAGCUGAUCGUCAGUACUCUGUCGCAAACAUUGCCGGAGCUAAUACAGCAACAAUCGACAGUGCAAACGCCAGUGUCGAGUGCGACUACCGCGACAACCAGUCCCGAGACACCAAACGCGAGCGCGACUGCAAUUUCAACGAAGAAAUUAAGUGUUGCGCAAGAAGCGAAGAGGGAACCGGCGGCGAGUAAACACGCGACGCAAACGUCUACACAACAAUCUCACACCGUUCAGGCUGCUGCUGGCGGUGUGGGGACAGGUGUGCAAAGUCAAGGAUUGCCACCCCCAAACUCGAAUAGCCUCGCAUCACAGAAUACACCUAGGGUUCAAACACUGAUGCAUAGUGUAUUACCUCAGCCACUGGUACUGCAGCAACCACUGCUACCACCAGUUAGUAGAACUAUCAGAGAACCGAUAGCGACCCCGGCGCCAGCGUACCUUCGUGGUGGAGUCGGUCCAGUUGGAGUAACAGGUCCUUCACGUAGGAAGCCGGUUAGGGCUGUAGAUGGCAGAAACCAAUCUACGGAACCUCCACCUCCGCACUAACCCCUCCUUUAGCCCGUACCCACCCACCCUGAAUUCCUCACAGGACCCUCUAGCACUAGUCCUAGCACUGUUUAGAACACCUCAUCAUUAUUGUUAUUAUUAUAAUAUUAUAUAUUAAUAAUUAUUCAAAUGCCCUCCUCCUCACCCUCCCUAUCUUAUCAAUUAUCAAACUCUAAUCUCGCCAUCUUUUUGUCGUUGAUGUGACAUUGGAACAGGGGCAAGGGCUGAUUCGCCGACACAUGCAAAUAAUGUACAUAACUCACUUCUUGCAGUCAUAUACACGCUCUUCGUACACGCUCCUCAGCGAGUCUUGCCACGUUCUUCCAUAGUAAAAAUUUUCCUUGUGAUCGGUUUUCGCGAUAACGAUUCACCGAGAGGAUAGAGAUCGGCGGAGAAGGACAAACGGAACCGCUGGAACAAUUAAAGGAGAAACGAAAAAACGUAUGUUCACGGUUGUGCGGCUAUACACGGGCGAAACUUGGACAGAGUCACGACCGGAGAAAAUUGUGUAUUGUGUUUAACAUCGAGAGGAGGGUCCCCGUGAACGCAGACACUCGAGGAAUUUUGAGAAACGUGCCUGCCGUACGCACCACGAUUUUCAGCGCCGUAUUCGAGCUGGUGAAAUUCGAUUUUCCUUUUUUGUCUUUGAUCACCGUGUACCACACUUUCUUCGACACCUAACGCGCCGAUGUAUCCUAUACUAUGUUUUUUUUCUUGUUUUUUUUUUUUUUUUACAAACACGAACACGUUUUAUACAAAAUCAACGAUUGAUUUGUCGCCUGGGCUGGUCCGUUCGCAAUCGAAGAGAUCUUAAGCGUUGGACGGAACAUUUAAGGCAGCGAUUGACUAUGAACUUUUAAUGUUUCACGUUUAAAAUACGAUACAACUGCCCACACGCUUCGCGGUUAUCACGUAAAUUACAUUGUACAUAGUUGCUUUGUUGUUAGAACGAAUGGGUCAGUUGAGGCUGUUUUGUGAGUAAUAUUUUGAUUAAUCGAAUCACGGAUUGGAUGUGUAUUGUUAGUUUGGCGGGCCAUCCCUUGGCAUGUUACGGGCUGCAUAAAGUUUCGCUGUUUAUAAAGUGGAGGGAUUAGACAGAGCUUUAACGUGUUAAUCAAACGAACUUAUAAUAAUUAUUUACUUAAACUAUUUCUUAGGUAUUUCAUUUUUUUUUUGUUUUCCUUUCUUUCUUUCGUUAAUGUUCGCUCGUUGUUCACGCGUAUUGUCGUUUCUCCGCGGAAAAAAAUAAAAAAUCUAAUCGCUCCAUUUUACGGUACCGAAGCGAGAUCAAA